AUGGCCACCAGAUCAGUCCCCGCUUCCGCGACGCGACAGUUGCUCGCAGCCUCGCGAUCCACGCGCAUAGCAUCAAGACCACUUGCAUGUGCAUCAUUACCGCGACGAAACGUAUCCAGCCUGUACCGUCCCGCAGUACGGAUUGCCGGCCAAAGAAGAGCUCUUUCCACGACGCUACGCACACGACUCGCCGCCGUAGACGACACAUUCGAUCCCAAGUCGAUAGAGCGCGAAUCGGACGAGGUCGAUGUUCUCAUCGUGGGUGGUGGCCCCGCAGGUCUGUCCGCCGCCAUCAAGCUAAAGCAGCUUGCGACAGCGGCCGGCAAUGAAGACUUCAGGGUUCUGGUGUUGGAGAAGGCGGGCGAGUUGGGCGAUCACAUCGUGUCUGGGAACGUGAUAGAGCCCUCUGCCCUCGACGAGCUACUGCCUGACUGGAGAUCAGAGGACAACCUGAACCGCUUCGCCGACAUCACCCCCGCCAAAGAAGACCAUAUGUUCUUCAUGACCAAGAACAGCGCCAUCCCUCUACCCAAGCCUCCGCAGAUGAACAACCACGGCAAUUACAUAAUAAGCUUGAACCAGAUGGUCAAGUGGCUGGGCGAGCGCGCAGAGGAAGUUGGUGUCGAGGUUUACCCCGGGUUCGCUGCGUCGGAGGUACUGUACAACCACGAGGGUGUCGUACAAGGCGUAGCUACCAACGACCUCGGCAUAUCGCGUGAAGGCAAGGCCAAAGACUCAUUCGAGCGAGGAAUGGAGUUCCAUGCACGCGUCACAUUGCUUGGUGAGGGUUGCCAUGGCAGCUUGUCGAAGCAAAUCAUCAAGAAGUACGAUCUGAGGCGAGAUAGCCAACAUCAGACCUACGGACUUGGCAUCAAGGAAGUCUGGGAGGUGCAGCCCGAGAAAUUCAAGUCUGGACUGGUGGUUCACUCGAUGGGCUACCCACUGCCGAAGGAUACCUAUGGCGGUGGCUGGAUGUAUCACUUUGGCGACAACCUCGUCAGCAUUGGUCUCGUUGUUGGGCUCGACUACCCGAACCCCUGGUUGGCUCCCUAUGGCGAGUUCCAGAAGAUGAAGCACCACCCUUACUACAAGGACGUACUGGAAGGCGGCAAGUGUAUAUCAUACGGCGCGAGAACGCUGAUUGAGGGCGGCUUCCAGUCCAUACCAAAACUGGCCUUCCCUGGUGGCGCACUGCUUGGAGACGCCGCAGGCUUGCUCAACCUGCCCAAGAUCAAGGGCACGCACAAUGCAAUGAGGUCCGGUAUGUUAGCUGCUGAGGCGACUUGGGACGCCCUACAAGCCAAUGCAGACGGCGGUACCGUGUUUCUAUAUGACUACGAGGACAAGAUGCGCAAGUCGUCAAUUUGGUCGGAACUAAAGACUGUGCGCAACAUGCGCCCGUCUUUCCACACACCACUAGGUAUUUACGGAGGUAUCAUGUACUCUGGUCUGGAGGCCUACGUUCUUCGAGGCAAGGCACCGUGGACAUUGAAGCAUGGCAAGCCUGAUCACGCAGCGACCAAGACGGCGGACGAGUGCCCCAAGAUAGAAUACCCCAAGCCGGACGGUAAGAUCAGCUUCGACAUAUUGACGAGCGUCAGCCGAAGUGGCACGAAUCACGAGGAGGACCAGCCCUGCCAUCUCCAGGUCAAAGACUACGAUGCGCAUGCCCAGAAAGAAUGGCCCAGGUACAAGGGUGUAGAAAACCGGUUCUGCCCCGCCGGCGUCUACGAGUAUGUGGAGGACGACAGCAAAGAGCUGGGCGUCAGGUUCCAAAUCAACGCCCAAAACUGCGUCCACUGCAAGACUUGCGAUAUCAAAGUGCCGGACCAGGACAUCAACUGGCAAACACCCCAAGGUGGCGAGGGACCAAAGUACGUACUUACUUAA